UAUCUCUCAAGACGACGUACCGGUAUAUAAGGUGCGGAGUUUGAAUCUGCUAUCAUUUCUGCCCUAGAGCUCUGAAUGAACACAGUACACCUACAGCCAUGUCGUAUGCCAGUAACCCGGCCAUUGCAAACUUUGUGGAAUAUCUGCAAAUACCGAGUGUGCAGCCAAACAUCAAUUAUGAUGCGUGCGUAAGUUUCCUGAAAAAGCAAGCGUCAUCGCUCGGCCUGGAAUUUGUAGUUCAUGAGAUCGUACCGAAGAAGCCAAUCGUCAUUUUAACAUGGCGAGGCUCGGAGCCGGCUCGUCCUUCGAUACUGCUGAACUCGCACAUGGAUGUCGUGCCAGUGUUCGAAAAAAGUUGGUCAUACCCACCCUUCAGUGCCCACAUCGAUAAGGAUGGAAAAAUCUUUGCCCGCGGUUCUCAAGACAUGAAAUGCGUUGGUAUACAAUACCUGGAGGCUGUUCGUAAAUUGAAGGCUGCCGGAGUGCAGUUAAAGAGGACUCUUCAUAUCACAUUUGUUCCAGAUGAAGAAAUUGGGGGUCAUGAUGGCAUGAUGAAGUUUGUGCAUACUCCUGAGUUCAAGGCGUUGAACGUGGGAUUCGGGUUAGACGAAGGGAUCGCGAGCCCUGAUGAAGAAUUCAUCUUGUUCUAUGGCGAGCGUAGCAUAUGGCAAAUUCACGUUCACUGCCCUGGAACGCCCGGACAUGGUUCCCUCAUUCUUCCGAACACUGCUGGUGAAAAGCUGAGAUAUAUCAUCGACAAGUUUAUGGAUUUGCGGGAACAACAAAAACGCAUCCUGGAAAGUGACCCCAAACUAACAACUGGAGACGUGACCACGAUAAAUAUGACGCAGAUCUUUGGUGGUGUGCAAUCGAAUGUCGUUCCCGAGAAACUAAGUGUAGUUUUUGAUAUGAGGCUGGCCAUUACCGUCGACCAUGUGCAAUUUGAGGAUAUGAUCAAACAAUGGUGCAAAGAAGCCGGGGAGGGUGUAACUUACGAGUUUGAACAGCGGAAUGACAAGGUGGAGUCCACUAAACUUGACGCGAGCAACCCUUACUGGUUAGCAUUCAAAGCUGCCGCCGAUGAGAUGAAUAUUAAACUGGACUGCAGAAUCUUUCCCGCUGCUACGGAUAGCAGGUACGUUCGCAAAGUUGGUAUCCCUGCGCUGGGGUUCUCGCCGAUGAACUAUACCCCAGUGCUGCUACAUGACCACGACGAGUUUCUGAAGGCCGAUAUUUUUUUAAAGGGCAUUGAUAUAUAUGUUAAACUGAUAACAGCUGUCGCUAACCUAUAAAUAUUCUCAUUCAUUCGAGGCGCUGUUGACCACCCUGAGUAUUUUAUAUAACACACAAUAGUAAACUUUACUAGGAUGUUUUAAGGUUCAUUUUAUACUGUAAUCUUUGUCGGCUAUGGCUGUCAAAGGAUUAAGUAUAAAUGCAUGUGGUAAAUAUUAUAGCUACUUUUGGAUAAUAAACCUAUAGGUUUAAUUAUGUAUAUAAUGUCUACAAUGUGCCUUAUUAUCAUAUGGAUUUUAUAUCAUUAUUGGACUACUUGUACUGUAGCAAUUUAUUUAUCUAUUGACGAAAAUUAAUUUAUUGUUUUUUAUGUUGGUGAGCAAUGUAAGUUGAAAAUGUUUUUACUCUUAAGUACGUUGACAGUUGAUUUCCGGUAAGAGCCAAUAUUUAAUGUAACACUGACGAGUAUUUCGUAUAGAAGUAUAUUUGUAUAGUUCAGGGAUCUCCAUACUACGUCCCGCGGGCCGGAGCCUGGAA